AUGACCCGUAUUAGUCAAGGUCAUGAGACAAAUUCAUUUAAAUCCAACUUUGCGUCUUGGUCAGCAGCUUCAGCAGCCUCUGUUCCUGAGGAAACUAGAGGAAAAGUAGCAGCACUCUUGUUCUCAUUACUAGCUCUGCUGAAGCAACAAGGCGCUUUUGUCAAAGCCAUAGUAUCAGGUGGAAAGGGUACAACACAAGACAAAAUUAGAACCCUGAGGGAAGCGGGUGUGACAGUGGUGGAAUCACCAGCAAAGAUUGGAGCUGCUAUGCUUGAGAUGAGUAUCAGCAGGUCAAGAAGUCCUUUGAAGAUGAUAAAUUUUCCUCGAUCAAAUCUAUAUUCUUUUCAGCUCAGGACAUAUGGUGGUCAAAUGAAGUUGUGUACAAAAUGUUAUAUGAAAUGGAUGUGGGAGUAUUAUGUGGAUGCUACAACAGGUAAUACAUGUUUGCUGAAAUACCAGACGACUACGAACAGAUAUAGACUCUACAAAUGGACAAUUAGAUGGAGUUUGACAACACAUGGAGCUAGGGAAGUGGGACAUCAAAUAGAACAAAUGCAGCUAGGGUAAUUGUUUUCUGAAUUUGACAUAACUAUAUCUUUGAUUUUGUUUUUCAUCUUACCGUAAGGCUGCAACUAUAGUUCAGGUACUAUGGAUGAAUUAUGUUUGUAAAGUAUUUAAGAAAUGAUUAGAAACAAGGGUGAAUUUGUACAGAUUAGUUAGCUAGUUGCAG